AGUUAAAGGUAGCAUUUCAGCAAAACCCCAUUUUAACUUAAAAAAAAAGUAUGCAAAAACAGCACAAACUUGCUUGUUUUUUAAAAGUAUGUCUGACUGCUCCUACUUUCUAAAACACAAACUGCGUGGUAUUACUUAGAACCCUUCACACUGAUGUAAAAAAUGCCAAAUUAUCAAUAAGAAGCUUAACUAUUUGUUUACAGUAGUUUUGUUCAGCAGCUAAAUUUCCAGCUUCUUGUCAAGUACCAAAUGUUUGUAAUGUAAUAGAUGUAUUAUGUCUUUUAUUUAGCCAGGCUAUUAAGACUACAACAGACAAACUAAUGUUUAUAUUUUUGACAAAUAUCAUUAUUCUCCAGGAAAACAUUGAUGCAAUAACAACCUGUGAACCCUGGAUGGCAGGUGGCACAGAGUGGAACUGUGAGGGUUCACUGAUAUUGGAGCAUAAACAGAUUAUUAACUCUACUUUAAACAAACUGACACGGUCAAAAGAAGCUUAGCAAAUAAGAGACUUCUGGGCAGUAGAAGAAGCUUAAAAAAAAGUAGCAGCAGAUGAUAAAUGAUCAGAGUUCUAGAGGGAAACUACAAAAAUUAACUGGGUGAAAGCAUGAUUACAGCACUGCCACACAUUCUGACGGAUUUAAAAGUUUAAGGACAAUAACAAUAAUAUUUAAAGGGGCUUAAUAAGGACUUGGGUCAUACCUGGAGAGACUGGAGAGAAGAUCAAGUGUGGCAGAGCAACAUAUGAUUUGGACUGAGAGGACUGACAGCCUUGCCUAGCACCAGGCCUCUGAUCAGCCAUCUCCACCAGCAAAUUAAAGCUUGACCCGCACUUCAUCACCAGCCUCACAAGCAUCUUCUUAAAAAAAAAAAAAAAAAAAAACGUCAUCUAACUGUGACAGCAGUUGCAAGGGGAUGACCGAGCGCAUUCAUAACAUCAAUCUUCACAACUUCAGCAAUUCUGUACUUGAGACCCUCAAUGAGCAGCGCAACCGUGGGCACUUCUGUGACGUGACUGUUCGGAUCCAUGGAAGUAUGCUGCGAGCUCACCGGUGCGUGCUGGCUGCUGGAAGCCCCUUCUUUCAGGACAAGUUGCUCUUGGGCUACAGCGACAUUGAGAUCCCCUCUGUGGUCUCAGUUCAGUCCAUCCAGAAGCUGAUUGACUUCAUGUACAGUGGGAUUUUGCGAGUAUCUCAGUCGGAGGCUCUUCAGAUUCUCACUGCUGCCAGCAUCCUUCAAAUUAAGACCGUCAUCGAUGAGUGCACCCGCAUCGUGUCCCAGAAUGUGGGUCUGGCAGGUCCAGGAGGGUUCCCUGUUAUACCAGGUGAUUCUGGUCAGGAAACACCCCGUGGUACUCCAGAGUCUGGCACCUCCGGGCCCAGCAGUGAUGCAGAGUCAGGUUAUAUGCAAGCAACAUCACAGCAAAAUGUAGAUCGUGCAUACCCUACCCUGUACUCCUACCCGGGCCUGUCUCUGCAGAACGGCACCCGCGAGCGCCCCCUUUACAUCAACCCUAUGUCAGCAAAUUAUGAUUCAAGUACUCAGAAGGACCAACAGUCUCAAGAUCCACCCUGGAUAAACCGUAUCCAGGAAAGAUCUCAGCAGGUCGAUCGCUUCAUGUCCACAGCAGAGUCCACUCACUGCCGCAAACAACCCCGACCGGUACGUAUACAUACAGGAGGGAUGCACAUAAAGCAGGAGGCCGAAGACGAGUACAGCUGCUAUAACGAAAUGGGGGACUGCCAAGAUGACAUUGACCACAGUGAGGGUGUAGAGAGUGAAUCCAAGGUUGAAAGUUUUGACUCAGGGGUGAGCUCCUCCAUCAGUACAGAGCCAGACACCAUGGAGCAGCAGUCGUACCUGACGGGCUAUAGUCGAGAAGGUGGUGGAGAAAUGCAGCAAGGUGAAGGAGCUCCAGUGCAGAUAGAGGUCAAUGACUCGUCCCCAGAGCAGGUGCAAAAGACAGAAGAUGGGGACACAUCCCACAGCACUAGUGACAGUAGCAUAAUGCAGCCCCUGCCAAAUUCAAUCAAACUCAGUCCCAUGUCGCAGUACAUGCGCCAGAUAGAAUCACACACCAGCAAUCUGAGGAUGCCGCUCACCGUGACCAGCAAUUCCCAAGUGAUGGGCACUGCUGGAAGCACCUUCCUGCCCACACUCUUUCCUACACAGCCGGCUAGAGACCACAAGCCUUUCCUUUACCUUCCUGGCCAACAGCAACCCCAAUUUGUUGCAGUGCCGCCUCCUGCAAUGCCAUCAUACCCGAACACCAUGUCGGUACAGCAAGCGCCAGCUCAACAGCAACAGGCUGCAGGAGGGAUUGGUCAGGGGGAAAAGAAGCCCUAUGAAUGCACUCUCUGCAGUAAAACCUUUACUGCAAAACAGAACUACGUCAAACACAUGUUUGUCCAUACCGGUGAGAAGCCUCAUCAGUGCAGCAUCUGCUGGCGCUCGUUCUCCCUUAAGGAUUACUUAAUUAAACAUAUGGUGACACACACAGGGGUUCGGGCCUACCAGUGCAGCAUCUGCAACAAGCGUUUCACCCAGAAGAGCUCUCUUAACGUCCACAUGCGGCUGCACCGUGGAGAGAAGUCCUAUGAGUGCUACAUCUGCAAGAAGAAGUUCUCACACAAGACCCUGCUGGAGAGGCACAUGGCCCUGCACAGCACAGCCAGCGCCAUCACAGGGCUGUCAGGGAGCGCAGGUACCCAGGGCCCAGUUUCCAUUCCCAUACCUAUGGCUGUCCCUGAGCCUGGACCUGGAGUGGUGGCCCUCGCCAUGCCAGUAAGUGGGGGUGCUGGAGUAGGGGCUGGGGUAGGAACAGGAGUGGGUGUAGCUGCAGAAGCAAGCUGCCAAGAAGGGACCACCUACGUGUGCUCCGUCUGCCCUGCCAAGUUCGACCAAAUGGAGCACUUCAAUGACCACAUGCGAAUGCAUGUCUCCGAUGGAUAAGUACAGAUAAAUAAACUUCUUUAAAAAAGAAUGACAUACAAAAUGGCACUAGAUUUUCCUUUUCUUGUUUUGAGGUAUGAAGAGUAAUGAGUAUAGACACUGGCACAUUAAGUUUCCCAAAAAAAAAAAAGGUUUUUUCUUUUUUUUCUGUUAUUCUAAAAGAAAAAAAAAGAUGGUGGCCUUAAGGCUUAGUAGUUUGAUAUUGAUCUACUGGAUGGAUCCUAACUACAGGCCUCUAAAUGUAUGCUUUCCUAAAAUACUGAUUUAUGUGUUGAACACUACCGAAAGGCCUACGAAAGAAACACAUACACACAAACACACCUUUAGUGUAGAUAAGUCUGAAUGACUAUAAAUGAGCAAAUAUGUUUGAGCAUUUGUGUAUUUGCAUAUGUUUGUCUGUUGUUCUAGUGUGUGAGUGUGUGUGUGUGUGUGUGUGUGUGUAUGUACAUUGCCAUGAAACAUAAAUCAUGGCAGUUGUGAACCCAUACUGACCAGUUUGGAAACUAUAGAUGUCCAAGCUUACUGUGGUAUAAUUUACAAUGACAAUAACAAAAGAAAAAAAAGAAAAAAAAAAAAAGAAAAAAAAGUCAUCUGGGGUUGGGCUACAUAUUCCCUCUAAAAAUACUGAUGGUCACAAGAUUGCCUUCUUAUAUCAAAUAAAAAAAGGAGAGUAGUUAAUUUGACACUGGGUUUUAUUUAUUCCUAUGGUAUUAAGGGAUUAUAAUGCAGCUGUUGUCAAGGUACCAAUUUUAAUCAUUUUACUGAAAUGUAACUUCCUGUCAGAGAGGAUGGGGAAAGCUAUUCCUCAUGUAUUUUCUGAUUAUUGUCCAUGUAUUUUAAUCAUCAAGAUAACGUUUACUAAAUUUGGCGUGUUGAUGAGACAGUAUUUGAGCAAAAAUAUGUUUCUUUUUUUCUGAAGUUUGGAGUUUAACUCAUUUGCAUACACUGCCACUUAAUACCCUAAAAGACUGUUAAGGCUAGUAAACCUCUUCCAUUGCAAAACAGAAGAAAAAAAGAAAGAUCCUUUUGCUGAUGAUUUUUUUGCUGAGGAUUUUUUUUUUUUUUUUUUUUUGGCCUUUUAUAUUCACAGUUAUGGCAGUCUGAAAUAUGCGACUAAACUCUUUCUUCAUAACUGCUGCUCUUCAACUUGCACCCGACUGUUAUGGGAUAUAGAUUUGGAAAAAAAAAAGAUUUGUCACUUCAACUGUUGUUGGCAUUGAGCAGCCUGCAUGGUUCAUAAUGUCAUAAUUAAAUUUACAGUCUUUUGUGGGUUUAGGCUAGUUGAUGAUUGGAACAGUGUUGUGAAAGAUGGGGUAAUCUAAUUUUAAUCAAGUUUCAAAUCAAAAGAAAUAGUCACCGUUCUUAGAAGGCGCGCAUUACCUGUUCAUUACAACUGCAAAGCUAUUUCAGCAGGUGAGAGGCAAGUGCAUCACUCUUCAUGUAUUGACUCUCCCUGAGGGCUCAAAUGGCAUGCAGCGUUUUGAAAGGAAAUACAGCCUGAAACCAAAACAAGUCACUCCAUCAAUCGAUAUUACACUGUUUCAUGAUAUACCACAAGUUGCAGAUGGACUGUGUAGACAAUAGCUUACAUUCCUGAUUUAGUAAUACCUAGACACAGCAAAUACAGAAUACACCUGGAGACUUGUCUGUGCAAGUUGUCAUCCAUGCAUCGCAUCACUUAUGGCUAAUUUUGAAUAUUUUUAAUUAUUUUAUAUUGCUUUUUAUUCAGAAUAAGUCACACACAGACACACACAUGCAACUGCCUGCAACUGCAAUCUGAAGGAUUUGCUUGUUUAAGUGAGCAAACACUUUCGUAGUUGUGUAAUUAAGAGAAUAACGAACUGCAUACGUGGGUCUUUAAAUGACCAGCUGUCAAUUAAAAAAAAAACAACAAAAAAACAGUGCUACUUUGCACAUUUUCUUAAAAUGCCUGUGCUUAAUAUUUAAUCAUUUUCCUUAAAUGAACUUUCUUUUAUUCAAUUUUAAAUGAAAAAAAAAAACACUUUUUUAUCUUGAUAAAUGGACUGCAUUAUUUUCUUGCAUAUAUGUUGCACUGCUUAAACCAAUAAGUGCACUACUGUUAACAGAGAUAUUAUAGUUUAAGAAAAAGUUUUUUGUUUUUUUUGCAUUCGGUUGUAGAGUUCACAUUUAAUAGAAUAGCUUUGUUCCAAUUUCUUCAUCAAAUAUUUCAGCAAUUCUUGGCUUUUGUUAUCGCUUGCUGAUACCUACAGUAUAUUCUUGUGCCGUUUUAAUGCAAGCAUUUAUCUUUAUUUAAGCUAUUAUGUGUGCUCAUUUGUGUUUUAAACUUUGAAUUCUAUGGAUUCAGUUCCCUAUAAGAGUUUAUUUGAUUGCAUUUCUUUAGAAAAAGUGCAAAAUUUUCCUAUGAGAACAUCCAAGCCAAACAACAUAAACAGUAUAACAUCAACAGUAAUAAUAAACAACUCCCAUCCAACUCCUCUAAUAUUGACUAUUGUUAUAUCAUUAAUAAUAUUCUUAUAAUGUGUGUGUGUGUGUGUGUGUGUGCGUGUGUGUGUGUGUGUAUGAUAUGUGUUUCCUAGAACAACUUUGUGUGAGUUUAAAGGUUUAGGAAGGUGAUGGAAUGCAGCUUCUUUGAUAUCUGUCUAUCACUUGUACACAAUUAUGUCCCUUCCUUGGUGUUUGUAUGUCUGUGAGUGUCUGUGUGUGGUAAAUAGCCUAAUCAAAUAGUUGAUAAGUGGAAUAUCUCAACUGUAGGGCUUCCUUUGCAAUAUGCAGCGCUGGUAUUAUGAGAAACAGCUCUCCAAACAUUUUGGGCUAAAAAGGCACCUGUAACAAUUGUUCUGAGAUUUGACUAAAGCUUAGGUCUAGUACUGUCAACUUUGUUGUACCAGUUUGGAGAAGUGAGGUUGAACAUUUCAGAGCUGUGUAGAGUCCGUUUGAUAGAACCUUGUGGUGAUUCUGUAAUUUGGCUUUUCUCUAGCUAAAGGAUAUAUAUAUAUCUAUAUAUAUAUAUAUAUAUAUAGAUAUAUAUAUAUAUAUAUAUAUAAUUUGAGGUUAGUCCUCAGUAAAAGUAGCACAUUACUGAACAUUUGAUUAGGCAUGUCCCUGUGGUGUGUAUAUAAGCCUAAACUGUAUGGUUCCUGUUUGUAGCUGUUGUUGCCAGGAUGGCAAUUUUGCUGCAUGCUAGUGCUAUAUUUGUCUCUACACAGCACGUGGAGGGUAAUCUCAUGCCUUAACAGACAAUGCACUAAAUAGAAUAUGUAAGCAACUGCCGAGAUCUCUUUCCAACAAUAUUGCCACUUGUAUGGCACACAGCUCAUGGCGUUAGUGUUUGUUGUCCGUUCAAGUGAAACACUGCCAAACUAUCAUCAUCACUUCUUAAACAGCAAAAGGCAGAGAUGUUGAAUUGAACUGUUUCAGUGCAAUAAGUAUAUUCAGUAAUUUAGCAUUCCUUCAUGGCACCUAAAUUUUACGUAUUUGUGUGAACACAUUUAUCAAAUGCACUAUUGACUGUAGCUAGAUGAGUACAACCAGCUUUGUGGUAUCAUUGGUCUAAACAGUAGAUUAAGUAGCUUGACGUUGGUUUUUUAAAUAUUUAAUUUCACAAUUACACUAUCAAAUGUUCCUCUAUCACAUUUUUUUGGAAUAACAAAAGUAGCCAAUCUUAACGUGAGCUGGGCGAGGGCUAAAAACUCCUCCCAUCUUCGGUUGACUUCUUGUAUCAUAGGGUGUGUGAUAGCAGACCAGGCUUGGAAGGAUAAGAACCUUUGCUCCAGUGUGUCAUAAUGUGCUAACAGCGUAACCCCACCCUCCCCUUGCUGCAUCAGCAUCACGUGCCCUUCACUGUCCAUAGUUAUAUAUUCCUUAUAUUUCCUCGGCUUCUCGUUGUGGUGCUUAAUUCUCUUCUCUCGAUGUUGCAGAAAAGUCGAUUAAAAGUUGUUGCAACAUUAUCCAGAAAAAUAAGUCCUUAUCUAAAAUGUGCUUCUUCUAGUUGUAGGUAUAGACUUUCUGUUUGCAAAGUGUGCAGAUAUUUUCCAGAAUAAAACAUAUUUGAAAAAGUAGAUGAUAGCCUUGAGCCUGCAGCUGUUUGUAUUGUGUUUCAAAUAUAUUCCUGUUUAUGUUUUGUUUAUCUUAGCGUAGAGACACAGGGUCUACAGUACAUUGUUGUCCUUGCAGUAAGUUUAAUAAAUUGUUAAACUUAUUUAUUUAUUUUAUGAUUCCCCAUGCUUUUGCUCUGGUGGCCAUAGUGGUGUUGAUCAUAGCUUCAUGCAACUGGAUAAAGGAUUGUUGGUUAUUUUUUGCCGUUUACUAUAUGCUUUGCAUUGGGAUGAAACAAUGAAACAAGGAAAUGGAAGGUAGAAAUGAUUAAGGUAAUUUUGUGCGAAGAACAGGGUCGUUUUUAAUUCUGAUAAGCAUGUGUUUGUCUUUGUGUUAAUCUUUCGGUCUGUCUCCACACAUUUUAAGUCAGAUGUUUUUAUUUAGGCAAGUCAGAAAGUGAAAAGUAGAAUACAGAAAACACCAUCCAGAUAAUACGUAACUUGCAUUUUCAUCCUUCCACAGUACACCUAAGAGUGAGAUAAAUAACGUCUUACAAAUGUUCUAUAUAUAUUUUAAGUGUCACCAUCUCCACACAGAGAAAGUUUUCAAAUAGUUUGAUAAAAUCCUAACUGCAGCGAGAGUAUACAAUACCUUUUGUGAUAUAGGGAAUAUGCCUAUCAAGUGCCUAUCAGUACAUACUGCAACUAUACAAAAUAUUCAUAGUUUUUCUCUCCUACAUUGCACAAAUACAGUAUAUACACAAUGGACUAUUAAAAAUAUACUAUUUAUACUAUUACUGCUGAAACCCGUUGGUUGCGAGUGCAGCCUAAGAGAACCCUUUAAAAUACCUGAAAUGUUUUAUUUAUAUACAGUAAAAGCUUCAUCUGCAAGUUUAUUUUUCUUUUUAUGUAUAUUUUUAACCAUCUGGAGGAUUCAAAGAUUCAAAAUGCAAUCACAGCCUGGUGUGAGUAAACUCUGUAAAUGCUGAGUAGUCUUAGAUGAUAACACACUACUAAAUAUAUUUUCUUUUUCGUUCACAUUGCUCUCUAUCUCUUUGCAUACACACACACGUACAUAUAUAUAUCUAGAUAUAUAUAUGUAUAAAUUUCAUUUUUUUGCCAUCUGCAAACAAGCCAUAUACUGGAAAGUACUGUACGUUUGGAGAAAAAGGGUAGUGGCAAUAUGUAAGCAGCAGGGGGAGUUGCAUGGCAGCAGGAGGAGUUUACACACCUGCCUGUCAGUCUCAGUAAAAAUCAAAAUUCAGUCUUUGGAUAUUUUCUAAUCUCUUGGUUGGUAAAUAUUGCCAUUUUGAAGAUUAUAAAAACAUCUAUGCGCAUGGCAGUAAUUUCAUCCACUGGUGCUAUUUUUUUUGUUUAAUGAAUGAGAUGGUUUGCAGUCUGUAGGAGCAGGAAGCUGCUUUUACCUGCUCUCUUGGUUUCAUAAGUACACUGUGUGUGCUUUGAUGAAAGGCUGCUACACAUGCAAGCCAAUGCCCAGUUUCCCCACAGUGAUCAUUUAAGUUUUGUAUUACCUGACAUCCUUGUAUUUUAUUUACAAAUUGAAGUUGCAAAGAGCAAGCAAGCAAUGUGGGUGGAAAAAAAGAAAAGGAAAAUAGUUAUUAAUCAAACACUCAAUUGGCUGAUUUAUAUAACUUGGAGACAGAAUGAUAUUUCAAAUUGAGCGUUUUGGCUAUAGAUGAACACAGUUUUGCAUCCACAACGGUCUGUAAAUGGUUGGAAGAACAGCAUGAAAACAAUUCACAGAAAGUACGUUAGAAUUUAAAAAAGAAAAAAAAAAAACGAAAAACAUAAAUCAAGUUUUAGGAAUGAGUGGCUUCAAUAUAAAAGGUUUUGGGAUGGCUUAUUAUUCUGUCCCCAGUGGACUAAUUACCACAGUUUUCUCUCUAACCUUCUCCAGUUUAGUUGCUUUGCCAAUUUCUGGGAGGGGUGCACUUUUAAAUUAUACCACUGUUGUUAAAUUAGAAGUGUGAAAUAUAGAAAAGCAAAAAGACAGCCUUUUAAUAUGAGACUUUUUUUGACGACUCACGUGGCAAACCACAAGCAAGUGAUUGUCUUUUUAAUCUUUAAAUCCUCCAUAAAGAAUAGUUUUCAAAUAAAUAGGAGAAAACAGCUAUGAUUAACAAAGACACACAUAGUUUCAUAGACAUGUAAUGUUGAAAUGAAGCGUUAAAGAUAUAGGCAAUGUGAUAUAGCUAGUCCCUGUCAUCCAGCCGUCACUCUGACAUACUCAGAAACAGCAUCUGUUUAGAUUUUACAAAUAUCCAGGUCAUGUUUAGCUUUUGAGCUUUACAAACAGCUAUAUUAAGAAUAAAGCUAUAACAACAACUAGAUUAUAUUCACUGCAAAGCUUUCUCAGAACAUGCAGUUAUUCCACUAUCCAUGAUGUUUUUAAUUAGACAUCAUCUCAGAUUAGUCCGAAGCAUACAGUCCUGUCUGUCCUGCUCUCUCCUGUAGAGGUUUACUUUGUUUUUAACAUAGCAAACCCCCCCCCAACGAUAACCGAAUCUUUCAUUAUCACAGUAAUGAGAGGAUUCAGACAGGUUUUAGCCUCAGAAGACUAAACACCAAGCCUCUUGUGUUCUCAGUCAGUGCAGUCUUUUUUUGGCUUAGUUCAGCUUGAUGAGACAAUUAAGUUUUAAAGUGUGCAGCAGCGUAACUAAAAAAAAUGCAUUCCUGUCGAAGUCCAGCGCAUUCCAACUCCUAGUCUGGCACUUGCUUUCCACACUUAAGAAACACAAUAUUAUGCAGAAUUUCCAGCGCUUAAUGGUUUAAAAAUCUGUUGCAUAUUUCAUUAUGUGAUACAGAUACUUUCAAUCAUACCCAUGUCAAGUAAAAUUAAUAUUUCCCCCAAAACUCUUGUUUUUUUUUUUUGUUUUUUUUUUAAUCACACCGUGCUAUUCACAUUCAGAUUUUGCUACGAGAUCACAAGCCUCCUAAGCUUUGAGCACACCUUAUGCUUGUGUGGACUGGUUUCAUAGACAAACCGUGAUAUCACUCUGUAUCUCUGCGCGUUCUUUUAUUAGGGAGAAAAUUUUAAUUUUACUAAUUAAAAAGAGAAGUCAAAGCUCGUUGUCUCUGCCAUCACUGCAGGUUUUGAUUAACACGUUCAUAAAGGGGUGGUGAUUUGCAAAGCAGGGCCAUGCUAAUCAUUAGGAGUUACAUAGACAAUAAAAACUCUUCUGGAUAAAAUUUGUUUUGUCAAACCAAAGAAGGUUAGGAUAAUUUAAGUUUUGGAGAAAUUAACUUUUUAAUGUGUGUGGGGUUCCUGCGAUUGGACUUGAUUGCUGUAGUUUUUAUUUCUUUAUUUUUCUUCUCUUGGCAGGGUGCUUGUGAAAUUGCGCAUGUGUUUUGUCACCUGGAUCAGUUAUUUAUAGUUUUGUGGUUGUGUUAAUUUGCCUAUUGUAGACCAAAAUAGUUUUUUUUUGUUUGUUUGUUUGUUUUUAUAAGAAAUGCAACAAAACAUAAAAAAUGAAUCCAACACAGUAGCUGUGAUGUAAACUCUGGCAUGUUGAAAAAUGUUUAAGAUUGUAAAUGUUGCAUUGUUCCUCUGGCAAAUCAUAAUACUCAGAAAUCAUUGGUUAUGUCUUUCACACAGACAAACAUCACAUUUAGCAAAUCAGCGUACACCUUUUCACCUUCAUGUGGGAUUACAUCUCGGUUUGUCUGAUAGGUUUGUUUUUCUUUUUUUUUUUUUUGCAAGAGCAGUUUUCUUCAAAUAUUGGCACUGUCUAAUAUUUUAAAGCUGUCCCAGAAAAAAUAAUCUGACAUUGUGACUUAGAGUACAUUCAGCCAUUUAUACUUGAGAUGGACCAAGAUGUUAAGUUUGCACAUAUUUGUGAGGUGUUUAUUUAAGCCAAAAAAACAAAAAAAAAAAAAAAAAGGAAAGAGAAAAAUGACACAGCAUUUAGCCUCAACAGUUCAAGUCACAUUUAAAUGAAUUCAAGAAAGCAUCAGAGCCAGCCAUCACCACAAGAUU